UGCAAGGAGAAAAAAAAAAAAGGAAAACUCAAGUGACUCUGAAUGAUAAUAAUAAGGCUGCGUUGUUUAUCCAAAGAAGGGGGUUGGACUUCUGCUCUAUUCGCCAAACUCUUCUAAAUUUCCAUUUUCUUCCCCCUCUCACAAAACUUUUCAUACCACUUUUGUGUUCACACGACUGCCUCAAUCUCACUUCCACCGCACCGCCGACCAAGGUCAGCGUCAGUGACCGCCCACUGGAACUGGCAACGCGGCACCGAACCUCUGCGGACCCCGGCGGCAGCUUUUUUUUCUUCCUGGGAGUUGGACUCAAUGGCCGAAUAAACGACGGACUAACAGACUUGUACGGAUGGAGGAAGCCUCAACAACGAAGGAGUAGCUAAAUAAGCCCAAAACAAACGUUUGUGAAGUUAUACGAAGUGACACCAUGUUGGGAAACCCAGGAUCUUAUGCUAACAAGAAGAGGAAGAAGCCUGUUCUCAAACAUAAGAAGGUCUCUGACGGCAAUGAAGUCGUUAAAUCAAACCCUUCCAAGCGCCACCGGGAUCGGCUGAACGGGGAACUGGACCGGCUGACGGACCUUCUGCCCUUUGAAGGGGAGGUUCGCACCCAUUUGGACAAGCUGUCGGUCCUUCGCCUCAGCGUGGGUUACCUGAGAGUCAAGAGCUACUUUAAAGCAACGAUGAAGAACAGCAGCAGUGGUCAGAUGUUCUCUGGAGUGAACGGGCAGAAUGGGAACAACGUGGACACCGCAGGCUUCUCUGAGGGGGACCUACUGCUCCAGGCUUUGAACGGGUUUGCGAUGGUGGUCACAUCAGAAGGAUCGGUGUUCUAUGUCUCUUCCACCAUCAAGGACUACCUGGGCUUUCAUCAGUCGGACGUGGUUCAUCAGAGUGUGUUUGAGCUCAUCCACACUGAUGACCGGGCCGUGUUCAGACAGCAGCUUCACUUUGCUCUAAACUCCCCAUCUGUUGGCACGGAUGUAGAUGUGUUGAAGAGUUGUGGUAGUACAGUGUUGUACAGUCCUGAGCAGCUUCCCCCAGAGAACUCGUCCUUCCUGGAGAGGAGCUUUGUGUGCCGCUUCCGCUGCCUCCUGGACAACUCCUCUGGCUUUCUGGCUCUGAAGUUCCAGGGGCGACUGAAGUACCUCCAGGGCCAGAGGGUUUUGAACGGGGACUGUAACAAAUCUCAGCUGGCACUCUUCGCCAUUGCUAUGCCCGUCCAGGCUCCAACCAUUGUGGAGAUCCGAGCUAAAAUGCUCCUGUAUCAAACCAAGCACCAGCUGGACUUCACACCCAUGGCCGUUGAUAGCAGGGGAAAGAUUAUCCUGGGCUAUUCAGAGGCUGAACUGUGUACGAAAGGCUCCGGCUACCAAUUCAUCCACGCAGCUGACAUGAUGUACUGUGCCGACAGCCACUUGCGCAUGAUGAAAACUGGAGAGAGCGGUCUGACUGUUUUCAGGCUCCUGAGUAAGUCGCGUGGCUGGGUGUGGGUGAAGUCCAACGCCAAGCUGAUCUACAAAGGAGGAAGACCUGAAUUCAUCAUCGCAUAUCAGAGAGCUUUAUCCAACGCUGAGGGCGAGGACUAUCUGCAUCAGAGGAGGCUGCAGCUUCCCUUCAGCUUCACCGCAGGAGAGGGCAUCCUCUACAACAACGACACCACCGUGGACGUUGACCAGUUUCAGUUCAACAAAAUGUUCAGCGACGAAAACAAAGUGAAGGAGGACGUGGCCCCCCGCUCUUUGCUGGACUGCUUCCUGAGUCAGGAUGAAACGGCGUACAUGCCGCGGACGGUGGACACCCCUCUACCCGUGGACCAGGUGUUCAUGGACAGCCAGGCGCUGGUCAGCAUCGCCAGUGACUCGUGGCAGGAUGACGGCCCCACGGCCACAACCAGCGAGCCCGUCGUCGUGAAAGAGGAAGCCAAGCAGUCGGUGAUGGCUAUGAUCGACAACCUGGAACAAAUGGCUCAAAGCGGGGACUUCUGCGCAGCGUCGGAGAACCUGGAGGUCGGUGACGCAGAGCUGAUGGAGUGGAAUAAUGCCCUCAAGAGAUUAAGUCAGGACCAAGAUCAGCCGAGCAACGUCCGGUCUGAGCUGGACAGCAUCCUCACCAAUGACAUAUUUGAUUACAUCGACACGGUUUUGUUCAAGGAGAAGGGAGACGAUUGUCUAAAAGGCGGCCCCCCCGGCUGCCUCACAGCGGUCCACAACAAUCAGCAGGACCCCGCCGCUCAGGCUGCCCGGCUCUCAGCCACUGGACUCGGUGACCCGCAGCUGUUCCAGACCCCGAGCCCCGAUCGCGCUUACUCUCCAAUGAAUGGUCUCUAUGCCCGCCAGCAGGACGCAAUGACCGGCCCAGCGAUCGCGGGGCGUGGCUUAGUGGAGCCCACGCAGAUAUUCAGCAGCACCCAGAAACUCUCCCACCACGGUCCCCUGAUCGCUCCGGUUGACCCCAACCUGCCCCCUCUUCAGCAGCUGCAGCUCCAGGACAUUUUCAGCCCGUCCAUAGAGCUUCCAGAGCUCACCGUCCCUGACGCCUCGGGCCCCUUUCAAUCCUGUGGGCGGGCGUCUAUCAGCCACACGGGACCACGCCCUCAGGGGACCUCAGCACAGACGCAGUCCAACCGGCUUCUGCAGUGUCUUCAAAACAACGCGCACGCUCCCGCCGUAGCAGCGAAUGGACCGCUGCUGCCGAGCUCCGUUCCACAACCAAACACCGUAGCGCCCGGCAUAAUAGACAUGUUGCCAGCCCUGAUUCCGUGCAGUGACUUUAAUUCCGCCAGCACGCCGAAUAUUCCCAUUCCCUUUGCCACAACAUGUCUGCAAGGAAGCCCCUCUUUUGAAACGCACAACCACCAGGUUCAGCAGUGGCCGCAGAUCCACAGGCAGAAUCUGCCCCACACUGGCAUCGUGCAGAACGGACACAAGCUGAUGCCAGCGUGCCACAGCCUAACGCCAGAAAGCCAGACGUUCCCACACGCCGCGGGCCUUUGGCCAAGGGACGCCAGCGGGCUGAACGCCACUCAGCAGCACGGAGGGCUGACGUGCGGCCAGGCGGCCACUCACAGCAGCUGCAUGUUCGACCAGCACUUUUCCUCCGGGCCAGCAGGAGGCAACGUCCUGGCUCUGUCCGGGCCUCCAGGCCCCCUGAGGGGGGCUGACGCGUCUCUGGAUCGCAGUCCUCCUCAAGGUUCCUGCUUCUUCCAGUGGAGCCACAGUGAGCCCGUGGUGGGCACGUCAGCCAUCAACCAGGAGAACGUCAACAUCAGCCCUCUCACCGCUCCGGCCAACAUGCCCGCUACAGAGCACACACUCAACAUUCAGCACUACCUGGAAUACCAAAGACACACAUAGCAGGGGGAAAGAGUCUCCGCUGAAAGCAACGGGAUUUUUGACGCUCCUGCUCUCGAUGUCGCCACUGUGUAGCCGACAAAGUGGAGCCACAUCCAGGAGGCCAAAACUUAGUAUAGUUUGACUGUAUCAGUGCUUAUCCACAGACUCUCAUGUCCUAUGUUUUAUAUCACUCUGUAUCAUUUCUACUUUGUCCAGUCUGUAAUGUUUGAGAAUCUGUUGCUUUGUCAGUUUUUAGUGAAGAUACACUAUAGUAAUAAUGAAGUAUGAAGCCACAAGUGCAUUUACCAGGAUGGAACUUAAGCCAGCUAGGAGGAUUGGUCAAGUAAAUCCAAAUAGCCAAAGAAAUAGGUUGUUAUAAGGGAAAGCAGGUUUUAGUCACGUCCUUGUUUUCAGCCAGGGACAUACAUGUAUUUAUCUCCCAAGUAGAAAUACCUGAAAAUGAAAAAAACCCGAACAUGCAGUUGUUUUUUAUAUAUAUAUAUAUAUAUAUAUAUAUAUAUAAUCAUUAUAAACUGUGAUGCUUACAAAGUGGAGACUACUUCUAAGAGAAGUUGAAAGCUGAAAGCACAGCUGUACCAAGAAAUUAAUAUUAUUACAGAUAAAUAAAUCUGUAUAUUUUAAAUGGACCCCUUAAAUGUGGUUGAUGUAAAGUGUAUAAAUACACGCUGUAGUUGUACUCGUAUUUGUUUCACCAAAAGGUUGGCUUUGGCUCACAAAAGUCUCCUAUGUACAGAUUAUGCCUCAGCAUGUAAUCCACGUGUGCAGCGUAAACACAUUUUUAUGGAGAAUGCUUUCCGGUUGGAGAUGCAGAGAUAUCUCAAAUCCCAACAGUAAACAUAAUAAAUAUAUAUAUAUAUAUAUAUAUAUAUAUAUAUAUAGGAAUAGAAAUCAGGAAAAUUUUUUUGCAAACUUCUGUCAGGGAUGCAAACAUUUUGGUUUGUCACGUUAUUUCUAUUUCAGUGACAUUUUUAAAACUAGAAAAAUAGCUGCAGUUGAGUUAAUGUGAAUGCACCGCUGCUAAUUAAGACCUGUACUUGUGUUGUUGUUUUUUAGAUGCACCUUACUCAUGUCGAAAAAAAAAAGCAAUGGAACUAAAAGUAAACUGCAAGUGUGCCACUGAGCUUUCAGAAAUCACUCCAUCAAAAAUCACUUCAAGCUCGUCAAUCGUACCACGCCACAUUCCCCCAAACUGUAAUUAUGCACUCACUCGUCAAAACAAAAUGCUCAGUGAUUUCAAGAAAGAAAGUCAAUUAACUAGCAUGAGUUACAGUCAAAGAGUGUAAAAAAAAAAAAAAAGUUACAGUAGAAGCCUAAAUGAUCUCCCAAUAUUUUAUGUCAAACCAAAAAACGGAUGUACUUUUAGGGAAAGCUUAUUCUUUCUCAAAAAUGCUCAACCACACUGACAAAAGGGCCAACUCCUCAGAAUGAUGCAGUGGGUCCACACUGGACACGCCCCCCCCCCUCUAGAUGAGACAUUUAACAAUACUAAUGGUGCAUUUAGGUGCAUUUUAUCAACUUUUAAGUUAAAAACAUUCACAUCUAUUACCGCAAACCUGCCCUAAGACGGAUAACAAAAUGAUGAAACCCAGUGUUAAUUAAGUGAACAUGUGAUGGACAACUAUUAAGCAAUGUACAGUAUCAGUUUAAGAUAAUAUAUUGCUACAACUUGUGGAUUCUUCUUACAUUUAUUCACAUCUUUCAGAGAUGUGCACUUCAUGUAAUGUCUUUUACUAAUCUUCUACCAACACAAUGAACAGACUUGAUAAAUACAACAUGUAAUCAACUGACUUUACAAGUGAUUGGCUGAAUCCACUUUUAAACAAAUGGUUGAUAGACUUCUUCAAGCUUUUGAAAAGAGUCAGCCCUGUUCUCCCAUGUUCUUAAACAAAAACAAAUACAAACUUGAAAGGAUGCAGUCCCUAAAUUUGGACACAGGUGAUCCUCCCUACCUUCAACUCUGUCCUCACCCAUAUAGACUUCUGUUCAAUUCUCCUAUAUUUUGUUAUACAAAAUAGAAACACCCUAAAAUAUAUAUUGCCUUAACCAAACAGUCAUUUAUAUGAUCGCAUACAGCAUGGUCAUUUACAUUUUCGUGUGCCUUCAUGCUGAAUCGGCAGCUUAAAAGUAUCUUCAUAUAAAUAUAUCCGUGCCUUCUUGUAUAAAGCAUCUUAAAAUAAUAUUUUACGCUUGUAGCGCUUGUUUUUUUUUUAAGGCAAUCCUUAAGAGCUGCACUAAUUUGAGUGAAGCCAUGUCCAUAGGAGAUACAGUAUCCUUACUGUAAAUUGAAAUUUGUAUCCUUAAGUGCGCUUAAAGGCUCUGAGGACUUUUCUUAAAGUCUAUUUUCCAUUACACAAACGUCCUUAACAAUAGAAACAAGGGAAACACGCUUAACUCAACCUAUCUCCAUAGAGAUGGUAAGAGUUCUUUCGUUGACAAGCAAGCAAGUAUUUAGUACCAAGAAUGUGGAGAUUUAAACUGGUCUAACAAUGCAUUCAGAUCAUAUUUACUUUGCUUUGUCUGUUUCCUGUUUGUGCUCUUCAUGUUGGCUCUUUUUCUUUUUUUUUAUCUGCUUUUCACUAAAGGUUUGUUUUAUCCACACUACGAAAAAAACACAAAAAAAAAAAACUGCAUUAUUGGUUUGGAUUAGCCUGAGCGUAAACAGCUUUUACAUGGCAGCUUCACCGUAUUCUUGCUGCACUGUGGGAAAUCACUCAGUAUUUUACCUCUCCCUAUCAAUCUAUUGUGUAUGUUUUUGGAAAUAGCUUUUUAGUACAAUGCCUAAAGUUACGGCACAGAUUAACACGGCUUCUUUUCCUGUGUCUUUUUUCGCUCAUUGUUCUUUAUUGUGUUAAAAAAAAAAAAAGCUGUCAUGGACUCUUGGCCGUAGAGGAUCUCCGCGUGAAGCCGACUGUGGAGGCUUUAAGGACAGCCAAUGUUUGAUAUUGAACUUUGAUACAGACACGUCAUGACUGUAGCCACUAUGAGAAAAAAAAAAAAAAACCUGGAGCCAAAUGUUUUAUUCACAGCGGUGUUGAUGUUUUUAUGCUAACUUGUGCCUUGCAAUAUUUCUGUUAUUCGUUUAAAAAAAAACAAAUAAAAAACACAACUAUUCA